AUGGUUUCCUUGAAGGCUCUUGCGCUGAUGCUGAUUCCUGCGGUGAUUGCGCAGAAUCAGACACAAAUUGGAACCACCACGGAGUUCCGAGUGUGUUCCGUGGAUCCGACUCCAAUUUACUCUGAGACAUGCAUUGCACUUAACGGAACCGGAGCCACCAACAUCAGCAUCGCUGUCGGUUGUCGCCAAUAUGGAACUACCCAAUGCACCGGAAGCUACAACACGGGCGGCUUUCGGCCGGGAUGUUAUGAAAACAGUCGAUUCAUCCAGAACUCUGGUACGAUAAGUGGGGCGAUCUACUGCUUUCCUUCUUGA